CCGUUCGCAGACAGUGGCCGUGCUGCAAGGAGUGCUGCUGUUUUGCUGCCACAGUAGUGACACAGUUGAAGCAAGCCAACGGUGCGGGUUCGUUGCCGGCGCACAGUUGAAGUCACCGAAGUUGCAGCGCGUUCACUAAGGGUACGACAAACCGCACUGUCUGUCGCCUUUCAGGAUUGCUGUCGUGGAUUAAAAAGUGGGAGUGAGUUUUGUUCCUUUGAGUCCUUUUUUAUAGUGCUGGCUCUAUCGUUAAGUGUGUGCAGUGAUCCACUAGUGAAGUAAUAUGAGCAUCCGACGGCACUGUCCAAUGUGAAACGGUGUCUUGGUGUCCGUAUGUGUGUGUCCGUGUGUGCCACGCCAAACAGCGAUCAUGGUGGCGCGCAACUUCUCCCUGCAGGAUCUACCGUACAACCGUGUGCUGCAGGUGCCGGACGAGGAGCGCGAGUUUCUGGCACUGGAUGAACUGAAACCGCACCAGCUGACCGAGCUCGGUGUGGCGGUUACCUGUGCAUCUUCCGGCGGUGGCCAACAGCAACAGCAGCAGCUGCAUCAAUCGGCGCCAUCCCAUCGGACAUUGGCGGCUGGUGGGGGCGACGGCGAGGUGCCCAAUCCGGUCAUCACGACCGGCGGCCUGUUGCAGAACUAUCACCAUCAUAACGUUUUCUAUGAGCUUGGAGCAGCGACCAACUCACCGUCCAAUGCCAGUGCGGUGCCAACCGAGCACAUGACCGGUGGCCCGGAUGCGUCCCUCCUGGUGGAUCCGUCACUGGCCGGCACAAUGUCUGCGGUGAGCAAUCUCAGCACCCUCUCGGCCGCCGGUAGCGGCAACCAUCUGCUGCACCUAGCCGACCACGGACACUCCCACCAUGACCACCAGCACUCGUCCGGCGGAGCGCGGAAGCGAAAGUUUUCCUUCAAUGACACGAGCGACAUUGAAGAUGACACCUGUGAUGAUUCAAAAUCCGUCAGAACGGCCGACGAAAGCAAAAAGCAAAACCACAGCGAGAUCGAGAAACGGCGGCGGGACAAAAUGAACACCUACAUCACGGAGCUGUCCGCGAUGAUACCGAUGUGCCAUGCGAUGUCCCGCAAGCUGGACAAGCUCACCGUGCUGCGGAUGGCGGUGCAGCAUCUGAAAACGAUCCGGGGAGCGGUGCACUCCUACACCGAGGGCCACUACAAGCCGGCCUUUCUGUCCGAUCAGGAGCUGAAGAUGCUGAUACUGCAAGCGGCCGAAGGUUUCCUGUUUGUGGUCGGGUGCGAUCGGGGCCGAAUACUGUACGUGUCGGAGUCCGUAUCGCACAUACUGAACUACUCGCAGGGUGAUCUUCUUGGGCAGAGUUGGUUCGACAUUCUGCACCCGAAAGACGUCGCGAAAGUGAAGGAGCAACUGUCAUCGUCCGAUUUAAGCCCGCGGGAACGUCUGAUCGAUGCCAAAACAAUGCUGCCGGUAAAGACGGAUGUCCCUCAGGGUGUAACGCGGCUCUGUCCCGGCGCUCGCCGUUCCUUCUUCUGCCGGAUGAAGUGCAAAGCGAACGUGCAGGUGAAGGAGGAAGCCGACCAACCGAACAGUGUGUCCAGCGUGAACAACGUGUGCCAUCGGCGCAAAAAGCAGGUCAAUUCUGACAAGAAGUAUUCCGUGAUACAGUGCACCGGGUACCUGAAAUCGUGGGCCCCGGCCAAGAUCGGGCUGGAGGAGAACGAAACCGACGGCGAGGGCGAUUCGUGCAAUCUGUCCUGCCUGGUGGCGGUGGGCCGCGUACAACCCAACCUUAGCCAAAGCUGCAGUCUAUCGUCGAACGGACUGCACACACCCAGCGGCGCAAAUGGUGGAAGGUUGCGGAAUGGAAGUAACGCCGCCACGGGCCCUGGGUCGGGUGCGGGCGGUGGUGCAACAGGGUCCUCCAGCAACGGUAAUCCUUCGGCAACACCGAGCAAUGGGAGCAACGGGAAGCAGCUGAAUCGCAACACCAUCCCAAACCUGCGCAACGUUCAGUUCAUCUCGCGCCACGCGAUGGAUGGGAAGUUUCUGUUUGUGGAUCAGCGGGCCACGCUGGUGCUGGGUUUUCUGCCCCAGGAGCUGCUCGGCACGAGUAUGUACGAGUACUACCACCACGAGGACAUACCGGCACUGGCCGAAUCACACAAGGCCGCCCUGCAGGGGACGCAGUGCGUCACCACCUCCGUCUAUCGGUUGCGCACGAAGGAGACGGGCUUUGUGCGGCUGCAGAGCGAGUGGAAAUCGUUCCGCAAUCCGUGGACGAAGGAGAUCGAGUAUCUGAUCGCGAAGAAUAAUGUGAUCUUGGCGGAGCUGGGCGAUGGCGGGACGGCACGGGCCGGCGGUUACGGGAUGGGUGAGCUCGGCGAUGGUACGGGUGAGCCGGGUUCGGGUGCACCCGGCCAGCCGGGCGUUGGGUAUGAGUUCUUCAAUCACACGAAUGGACGUGAAAUACAGCGCAUGAUCAAUUCGCACGUGGAGGCGAGCAAAAUUGGCCGCCAGAUCGCGGAACAGGUGCUGGACCAUCAGCGACGAGUGGGAGACUCUUCGUCAGAGAGUAGUCCCAAUCCGAACGAACCAACCCUACAACCCACCUUUAGCUCCGCACUGUCCGAGGCGAACCAUUCGAACGAUGCAAUCACUUCCGGCGAACACAGCAUGGUCACCUCGACCGGCGUGUCGCCUUCCUCGAUGGCCGUCGUGCCGCCGACAGUGACGACGCGCAUCAACGGAACCCUGCCCGGCUACAGCCACGUGCAGACGAACGCCAUCAUCAGCCCGGAACAUGAUGUAUCGCAAACACAGGCCAGCAGCACGGACGGAAACGAUGAGGCGGCGAUGGCCGUCAUCAUGAGCCUGCUGGAAGCGGAUGCCGGUCUCGGUGGUCCGGUCGAUUUUUCCGGCCUUCCCUGGCCAUUGCCGUAGGGCGGCUUCACGAACGUGAUCGUAUGACGCUUGUGCAUGUGAGAAAGUUACCAAAUCAACGUUGAGUAGGAAAACGGAAAUGCUUCUGCCCUGGGCGGAGGCGUCCAAUGUACAAACUGCUUGCAGCUGCAUUUACAUGCGUUAGAGCUAGAGAGCGAGCCAAGGAGGGAGAGGGAGGUGGAGUAAAAGGACGAGAGAUGCUGCCCUAUAAGGGCAGAAUUAGUACGGCAGGCUGGAGGAAGCUGAGUAAAUAUAGCGGUAAACUAGCGUUAAUAACGGAUACUGAUUCCUACGGUGCACUGUGAUGGGUGUUUAAAUGAGGUUAUGAACGUAAACAUAGUGGAAAGCAAACAAAAAAAAACAAUGUACAAAAUAA